CCCCAGCGGGCCGAGCUCGCAAGCGUCCGCCGGCCCGGCAGGCGCUGGCGCCCGCGCCGAGCUCCGGGGCUGUAGCGGCAGGUGAGAGCCUCGGGCCGGAAAGGGCGGGCGGACAGCGGCCUCUGGCCCCGGCCCGGCUCCGUGUUCGCCCGGGCGGGCGGCCAGGCCCGGUGUGGAAGGGCCGCCGCCCGUGUUGGUGAGGCCUGGCGCGAUCGCGGGGCCUGUGAAUGACGUGAGGACUCCCCCGCUGCAACCCCGGGACCGCCGGGCGGGUCGCUGGUGUGUCAGCUGCGGGGCGGCAGCGGGAGCCCGGCAACGGUGCGCCUUCCCUUCCCUCCCUCACUCCCGGGUUCGCGCCGAGCUCUGCUGGUGACCAAUCCGACAACUUCCCGACUCCCAGGUAGGGAGGAGCCCCGGGUCAGCUCUGACGACUGCCCUAACACCGAACAGUCGGCCGGUGUGGAGAAAGCGGCCGGCCCGGGGUUCUCUUCCCUGCCUUGGGGUGCAUCUGUUCAAAGUCUUCCAAACCUUCAAGCAGAAAUGGUGUGGGAUCUGGGCCAGACCCCUCGUGCAGUGACUCAAAGCCGCCAGCUGUACUGGAAAGACAGGGUGAAUGGCCCUUAGCCUCCUCUCCCUUCUGAACUGAUUCACGCCACCACGGUGGCUGCAGUCCCGUGUGCCUUCGUCUUUUCCCUGUGACUCCCCUCCACUUUGCUCCUCAUACUCCCUCUGCUUUUCCUGCCUCCCUCUUCAGCGGUGGGACACAAGGCUGGAUCAAAGCCUCCAGGGAAGAGCUCUGCCAUCAAGGAAGGCAAAACAGGGCCAGGCCCUACCCAUGGACCCUUCUCAAGACAUCCUGAAGGCACCAGUGGGGCUGCUCUCCUAAGCUGCAAAGGACCUGGGCACACCGUCCUCCGGAAGGAGCCAUGGUGUUUCGGAGGGGCAGCUCCCAGUCACGGCCUGGCCUGAGAGGUGGCAGUCGUUGCACAGCCCCCCUGGGCAUGCUCAGGGCUGCCGUGCUGCUUGUCAGCCUACCGUGGGGGGCCCAGGGAGCAGCCUGCGCCAACGUCAGCACGGCGCUUGGCCAUCCUGGGCCACGGCCAGGGUGCCGCUACUUGAGCAUCGGGGAUGGUUCCGUGGUGGAGUUCGAAUUCCCAGAGAAGAGCGAGGGCAUCAUUGUGAUCUCAAGCCAGUACCCGGGCCAGGGCAACCGGGCAGGGUCCAGCCCGGUGCUGAGCGUCACCUCCCUGGACACCGAGGUGCUGACCAUCAAGAAUGUGAGUGCCAUAACCUGGGGCGGCGGCGGCGGCGGCUUUGUGGUGAGCAUCUACUCAGGCCUGUCCGGGCAAGCCCCACUCCACAUCCGGCUCAUGGAUCCCCGUCAGACCCCACCUGUGCUGAUCGAGGAGCGGAGAGAUUUCUGCAUCAAGGUCUUGCCUGCCGAAGAUGCCCCCGCCAUCCUUGGCGCCGACCAGGUCCACUUCUCCGAGAACCCAAUACUCUACCUGCUCCUGCCUCUUAUCUUUGUCAACAAGUGUUCAUUCGGGUGCAAAGUGGAGCUCAGGGUUCUGAAGGAGCUCCUGCAGAGCCCCCAGCCCAUGCUGCUGGGCCUCCUGGGCCAGUUUCUAGUCAUGCCCUUCUAUGCUUUCCUGAUGGCCAAGGUCUUCAUGCUGCCCAAGGCCCUUGCUCUGGGUCUCAUCAUCACCUGCUCGUCGCCUGGCGGUGGCGGGAGCUACCUCUUCAGCCUCCUCCUGGGAGGGGAUGUCACCCUGGCCAUCUCCAUGACUUUCAUCUCCACAGUGGCUGCCACUGGCUUACUGCCACUGUCCUCAGCUGUCUACAGCCGCCUGCUGAGUAUCCACGAAACACUCCACGUGCCCAUCUCCAAGAUCCUGGGGAGCCUGCUGUUCGUCGCCAUCCCCAUCGCAGCAGGCGUGCUGAUCAAGUCCAAGCUUCCCAAGCUCUCCCAGCUGUUGCUGCAGGUCAUCAAGCCCUUCAGCUUUGUGCUGCUCCUGGGCGGCCUCGUCCUCGCCUACCACAUGGGGGUCUUCAUCCUGGCAGACGUCAGGCUGCCCAUCGUGCUGGUGGGCCUCACUGUGCCCCUGGUUGGCCUGCUGGUAGGCUACUGCCUGGCCACAUGCCUAAAGCUGCCAGUGGCCCAACGGCGGACAGUCAGCAUUGAGGUAGGGGUACAGAACAGCCUACUGGCCUUGGCCAUGCUGCAGCUGUCCCUCCGCCGCCUUCAGGCUGACUACGCCUCCCAGGCCCCCUUCAUUGUAGCACUGAGUGGCACCUCAGAGAUGCUGGCCUUGGUCAUUGGCCACUUCAUCUAUAGCAGCCUGUUCCCAGUUCCCUGAGGCCCCUGGGUCAAGCUUUGGCCACCCUCAGCCCUUUGCCUCCACCUAUUGUCCCCACAGUUCUUGUGUACCAAAGGCCUUUAGUUUUCAUGCACUAUGCACUCAGAAAAAAUCCAGGCUUAUUUUUUUUACUGGUUUUUUAUUCUCCAGCUUUCAGUGCCAAAGAGGCCUUGCUGAUUUAGGUAGGUGGGCACUGCCCAGAAAAUAUAUUUCAAUAAAAGAGAGAAGCAA